AUGGAUGUAAUGUGGCUGAGGAACCCAUUCGUAAAAUUAAGCGAAAACCAAACUGAUGAUCUCCAAAUAAGUUGCGACGAGUUCAAUGGCCAUCCAGAAUCCAAAGACAACUUAAUCAACACAGGCUUCUACUUUGUUAGAUCAAACAACAAGACCAUUGCUCUAUUUGAUUCAUGGUAUGACAUGAAAGAUAGUUCUCCAGGGAUGAAAGAACAAGAUGUUCUAAUCAAGAUGAUGCAUAUGGGUAUGUUAGAACAAUUGGGGUUGAUAGUUCUCUAUUUUAGUGGGUUUUGCAGAGAGAGUAGAGAUUUUAAUGAAGUCACAACAGUUCAUGCGAAUUGUUGUCGGCGUAUGAAAGCUAAGAGUGAGACAAUCAUGAAUACUGUUGGGCGGAAAGAUGAGCUAGAGAUGGCAUUGGCGAGAGCUUCAAUGGUGAAGUACAAUAAGACAGUUAUAAUUGCUAUAAUUAACAAAGCUUAUGCUGAUGGGGGAAUUAAGGGGAAAACGAUGCUUGAACUAUUCUUGGAGGGAUUCUGGGUUGGAGAAGACACCCGUGAUUUGGUGGAUCAUCUAUUGCUUGUGGCCAUGGAUCAAAUAGCUUUCGACAAGUGCAAAUUUAUGAAACUUCAUUGCUAUAAAUUGGAGACGGAAGGUGUUGAUUAUGGAGGGGAGAAGUUGUUUAUGUCUCAGGAAUUUAUUAAGAUGAUGUGGAGGAGAACUCUGUUCCUUGGUGAUGUUCUCAAGCGUGGUUACAGUUUCAUCUUCACUGAUAUGGAUGUAAUGUGGCUGAGGAACCCAUUUGUAAGGUUAAGCCAAAACCAAAGUGAAGAUCUCCAAAUAAGUUGUGACAACUUCAAUGGAAAUCCAGAAUCCAAAGACAACUACAUCAACACAGGCUUCUACUUUGUUAGAUCAAACAACAAGACCAUUUCUCUAUUUGAUUCAUGGUAUGCCAUGAAAGACAACUCUACAGGGAUUAAAGAGCAAGAUGUCCUAAUCAAGUUGAUGUAUAUGGGUAUGUUUGAAGAAUUAGGGUUGAGAGUGAGGAUCUUGGAUACCCUCUAUUUUAGUGGAUUUUGCAGAGAUAGUAGUGAUUUUAAUGAAGUCACAAUAGUCCAUGCAACUUGUUGUCGUAGUAUGAAUGCUAAGGUGAUUGAUCUUAUGGCUACUCUUCAAGAUUGGACCAAAUAUAAGGGCUUAACCAAUUAUAACACAUCAAUCCUUAAAUGGUCUCCUCACAGUGCUUGUUCUAAAUCAUGGAUAGACUAA